GUGGAUUGUGAACACAACAGUCUGUGCAGAGCUCAGUGAGGCUGCAUUGCAAAGACAAUCAGACAGGACGGCUAUAUAACAAACCUCUUCCGCUGUCUGCGCAGAGCUCAGUGAGGCUGCAUUGCUAAGACGAUCAGAAAGUACAGUCACAUAGAAAGCAUCUUCUGCUGUCUGCAGACAAUGGGAUCUCUGGUGGAAUCUCUGCUGUCUAUUGAUGGGUAUAGGAUUCUGUAUUUAGCCGCUGUGUUCUGUCUGUCUAUGGUGCUGCUAAAGGGGAUCCAACUCUUCCACAAGAGAAAGAGCUUGAUGACAGCAUUGCAACCCUUCCCCGGACCCCCUGGUCACUGGCUGUUUGGGCAGGCUGAUGUGUUUUAUGAAGAUGGGAAGACACUGGAUACACUCGUGUCCUGGGCCACCCAAUUCCCAUAUGCCAAUCCUUUGUGGUUUGGGCAGUUUGUUGCAUAUUUAAACAUCACUCAUCCAGAAUAUGCCAAAACUUUACUCUCAAGGACAGACCGCAAGGAUAAUGUGAACUAUGAACAUCUAAUUCCCUGGAUUGGGAGAGGACUAUUGGUUUUGUCCGGACAGAAGUGGUUCCAGCACCGUCGCCUGCUGACCCCUGGCUUUCACUAUGAUGUACUGAAGCCGUAUGUGAAGAUAAUGGGCGACUGCACUAAAGUCAUGCUGGAUCAGCUCCAGAAGCAGGGAUCCACAGGCCAGUCCAUUGAUAUUUACCCAUUUGUCAGCAAGAUGACACUGGACACUAUAAUGAAAUGUGCGUUCAGCUGCCAUACGAACUGCCAGACGGACAGGGAGAAUCAGUACACAAAGGCUGUGUAUGACCUCACGUUCCAGGUGAACAACAGACUGCGUUUCUUCCCGUUUCACAGCGAUCUCAUUUUUUAUCUCAGUCCACAAGGGCGGCAGUUUCAAAAAGCUUGUAAAAUUUCACAUGAUCACACAGAGAAUGUUAUCAAACAGAGGAAAGAGUCUGUGAAACACGAUGAAGAGCUGGAAAAAAUCCAGAAAAGGAGACACCUAGAUUUUCUGGAUAUACUUCUUUUUGCACAAGAUGAGAAUGGCCAGGGUCUGUCUGAUGAAGAUCUGCGAGCAGAGGUGGACACCUUCAUGUUUGAAGGACAUGAUACCACAGCCAGUGGGAUCUCCUGGAUCUUGUACUGCAUGGCCAAGUACCCCGAGCACCAGCAGAGAUGUCGUGAGGAGAUCAGAGAGGUCCUGGCUGACAGGGACACAUUGGAAUGGGAUGACCUGAGUAAGUUGCCGUACACCACCAUGUGUAUUAAGGAGAGUUUGCGCCUCAACACACCAGUGCCAAUCAUAGCCAGGCAGAUCAGUCAGCCAAUCACAUUCAGCGAUGGGCGGUCUCUACCAGAAGGUAGCCUGGUGUCUGUGUGCAUCGAUAGCAUCCACAGAAACCCUUCUGUCUGGAAUGACCCCGAGGUAUUCGACCCUUCGAGGUUCUCUCAGGACGACGCAACACAAAGACAUUCUCAUUCAUUUAUUCCUUUUUCGGCUGGCCCCAGAAAUUGCAUCGGCCAGAACUUUGCAAUGAAUGAGUUGAAGGUGGCUCUCGCUUUGACUCUAAAUGCGUUUGAGCUGUCAUUGGAUCCAGCCCAGACUCCCAUCAAAAUAACAAUGCUGGUACUGAGGUCAAAGAAUGGAAUUCACCUGUAUCUCAAGAAUGCCAGAAAGGAAUGAAGGCAAAUUAUGUGUCAGCUCAAAAUGGCAUCAUGGUAAUUUCAUUUAAUAGUAAGGUGAACAUUUUCGAAUUGAUGUAGUGGUCCGUUCCAGCCUCCAAUCUACGCAGCAUUGCUUGAGUCGACAUUGCGGGAGACAUCAAGCAGUGGAAUAUGACCAGUAUAUUGAUUUUAAAAUUGAUAAUGAUCAUUUAUGGAGAAAUCAAAUGUAUACCUACAUACAUUGGCAUAAAUUUAUAUUUUUUAUAUUUGUGUGUCUAUAAAAAAUAAGGGGCAAAUUAUAUCAUGUGUGGGCUUUUCAUAUAGUCUGUUUAAUAUUAUUUAGAGAGGUUGUUUAAAAAAAUGUACUUAAUUACCUAAAGAUUCAAUUGAAUAUAAUAAUGAACAUUGUUUUAUUAAGAAAUUAGAGAUUUAAAAAAAAAAAAAUACUCUAUGUAUCUACCUUUAUAUAGUUUUUUUUGUCAGUUAUCUGACACACACUAUGUUUUUUCCUUUGUAAAUGGUUAUUUACCAUAAUGGAAAUUGCAAAUUUGAGUCCAAAACAGACACUUACACAGAAAUCUAGCUGAGUUGGAUCACUUUUACAAAUUUGGUUGUUUUGUUCAAUAAUUUGCAAUUCAUUUGUCAGUUAUGUGAGUGACAGUUAGGCAAACUGUAAUCUGUAAUUAGUUGAUGUAAUUUACUUUUCUAAACUUUGGUAUUUUUAAAAAUAAGUUGCAUGUAAAUAUCACUAUCAUAUUGGAAAUCAAAUAUUUUUUUUAAAAGGAGAUAACAUAAUUAGUUUAUUUGCAGUUUUAAAACAAUGAUAUGGGAGGAAUAUAAACCUCAGUUUUAUACAAUUGAGAGAAAAGAUAUUAAUUGCAAUAAAAGGUAAGGCAAAGAAACCUGUGUCUGUA